AUGCCAGCCGAACUGCUCUUCUUCGGCGCCGGCGCAAUUGGAGCUUUCUACGCCUCACGAGUCGCUCUCAACCCAGACACAAAUGUGUCCGUGAUAUGUCGGUCCAACUACGCGGCCGUGUCAAGCAACGGGUUCCAAAUCACGUCGCCUCAGUACGGCGACUACCGGUGGCGACCGACGCGAACGUUCAACUCGGUCCAAGCGGCGCGCGACAGCAAAGUGAAAUGGGACUUCGUCGUCGUCUGCACGAAAGCCCUGCCGGACAGGUCGGACGACUCGAAGCUCAUUUCGCCGGUAGUCGGCGCCGACACGGCGAUCGUGCUGAUCCAGAACGGGCUCGGCGUUGAACAGCCGUACACCGAGAGGUUUCCCGCGUCGCCCAUCAUCAGCGCCGUCACCAUCGCCUCCUGCGCGCAGGUGUCCGACGGACACGUCAAGCACAACCGCUGGACUCGCAUCAACAUCGGCCCGUACUUUUCCGGGGGCGCGUCGCCGACGUCCGCCGGCGUCAAGGACAGAGCCACGGCGCUCACGCAGACGCUGGUCGACCUGCUGCUGAGGGGCGGCGGCGUCAAGGACGCCAUCGCCGACACCCACGAGAAGCUCCAGCUGGUGCGGUGGCACAAGAUCGCCAUCAACGCGUCCAUGAACCCUUCCGCCGUCCUGUCGGGAGGCAGCACCAACGAGGAAAUGGCGAACGACCCGGAGCUGUCCGCGCACCUCAAGGGCGUCAUGGACGAAGUGCUCACGACCGCGCCGAAGGUCGUCGGCGAGCCUUUCCCCGCGUCGUUUGCCACUUCCGAAGCCAUCCUCCGCUCCACCCGACGCAACAAGAGCGGCAGCAAACCCAGCAUGCUGAUCGACUGGGAGAGCGGUAAGCCCAUGGAACUGGAGGUCAUCCUGGGCAACCCCAUCAGGUUAGCCAGGGAGAAAGGCUACGAAAUGCCCAGGAUGCAGACGUUGUACGCUCUUCUGAAGAGCUGUGAGAGGAAUCGAGAACUGCAGAAACAACAGCAGAAGGGGAGCAAGGACAGUAAAUUAUAA